CUAACGCAAAACGUCCUGCGCUAAUUAGACUUGCAUGUCAGCGAGUAACGGAGAUGGGACAAAUCGACUCGAAAGCAAACCCCCUCUCCUACGAAGAGGCAGUCUCAAGAAUGUCACCGAGCGAACUCAAACGAGUCCGAACUUCCUUCAAACGUAUGGUGGGACUCAACAACCAGAUGACAAAGAACUGUUUUAUACGCGAGGUAUUCGGAGAUGCCUUCCCGGCGCGUCUGGCUGAGGAAUUCUACGACAUGAUGGGAGGUGGUCGGAAAGGCAUUGCUUUUAAAGACCUCGUUAGUGGACUAGUUUUGCUGACGAAAGGCAGUUCGGAGGAACGUAUUAGAUUUUUGUUUUCGCUCUUCUCGUCUGAUGGGCAAUGGAUAUUGCAGUGUGAUAUGGAGAGUAUGGUUUUGUCGUUGGAGGGUGCUGGUCAGGUGCCAAAGUCCGUGAGACAACUCUUCAUGCGCAGUUCGACUCCGGGAAGAAUUUCGUACGAGGUCUUCAGGAGUUGGCUGGUUCGGAAUCCGCAUGGUUUGCAGGUAUCUCAGUGGUUGUUGGUCUGCUCUGCGCUGCAGUUGAGUGAGAGUGGUGAAGCUCCUACUUAUCAGAAAACUAUUGCAGAAGUGACUAGCUUGAGAGAGCAAGAUGUUUAUGAUCUCGAGAAGCGAUUCCACACAUUGAGAAUAUAUUGCAAAGGUGGCCAGUUUGAUUCAACAGCCAUGACGUCAGCAGUGUCUCCACCCAUUCCAGAAACACUCUGCAAAGGUUUGUUUAGGGCAUUUGAUGCCAAUAGGGAUGGCACUUUGGACCUCAAAGAACUGUGCAUGGCAAUGUCUACUUGUUGUAGAGGAACGCAUCAAGACAAACUGAAAUUUUCCUUCAAAGUGUUUGAUAUGGAUCAAGAUGGGUUUCUUUCGCGUGAUGACUUGUCGGUUAUGAUUGACGGUUGUGUCCAACUAAUGAGGGAUGAAACGAGUGAGGCAAAAGAUGGAGAGAAAGUGGAGGAAUUGAAGCAGAGUACUGACGAGAUGGUGCACGAAUUGUUGACAUCUCAUGCAACUGAAGGACAUGGUCUGACUGUGGAACAGUAUUUGCAGUGGGCAGAGAGCAGCAGGCUCAUCGAUUGCUUUCUGGAUGUGCUUUAUCAGGUGUGUCACUUGGGUUUGGGUUUGCGACCUUGUUCUUCACAAGAAGAAGGACAGAUAAUCAAGAAAUGGAUGGCAAGAUCAGAGAAGAGAGGCCUCGAGCCAGGAGACACGCUUUUUCUUGUUGUGGUGUCAUGGUGGAAGGCAUGGCAACAAUAUGUACAAUAUGAUGGCCCAUCAGUUCUUGAGACUUGUUUGUCACCUAAAGCACACCAUACGGGAGUGUCCACUCACCCUGGUCACCAUCAGUUGUCAGAACUUCAAUCUAACAGAUCAGCAUUACCUUCUAUGCAAUCAAAUACGUUACCGAAACACUGGAAACCAGGCAGUGUUGAUGGACAGUUGCAUGUGCCAACAGGUGGUACAAGUAAAUCAUCACCCAGUAGAAGCAAAGGAAAAAAACAUCUCAGUACAGGAAAAUUGGGUAGUGAACGGUCGGGUCGCUCUGGUGGUGGUAAGCAAAAGAGUCGAAGAGCGGUUACUCCUGAUGGGAGUUUAAGUGGUCGUCAGUUUGGUGGAGGUGGCAAUCAGCAAAAACUGGCUGGCCACGUGUCUGAUAGCAGCAUGGCUUCGAUGUCUCCAGGUGGUCAUCACAAGAAAGCGUCAACUCAUUCACUAGAACAACCAGGACAGAUAGACAACUCUUGUCUGUGUGAACCAGACACUAAGAAGAAUGUGCUGAUGUUGACGACAGAAGGUGGAAGGUUGAAGAACUCAGUCAUUCUGAGACAAGGUAAGGAUUUCGAGCUGCUUCCCGAGCCUGUUUGGAGAUCUCUCUCUGAAUGGUAUGGCUACAAGAUUUGUCUUCCUCGCUUGGUGAUUAUGUGUUCGAAAACUCAACGACCUACGUUGGAGCUCUUCCCUCAAGUAUUUCAUAUUUAUCGACACACAUCACAGCCACAGAAAUCGGCCAGUAACUGGGCUGGUGUUGGACUUGGUUUUUUGUUGGGCAGCAGCAGUAGCAGCAGUAAUACCAGCAGCAACAAUUAUGGCACCACUGGUGGCUAUGGGAGUGGAGGCACCACAAGUGGGAUGGACAAGUCAUCUGGAACAACAAAACGAGUUUUUAGCUAUCAGGCUACUUUUAGCACAACCGCGACUGUCAAGCAGAUGUUUGAGUACAUUCAAGGCCGAUUGAGAGUGAGAGCAGAAGACAUGAGAUUAUGGGACAUGAGAGAUGAGGGUAACAUUGUAUUGCUGGAUGAAGAUGAUGACCGGAUGUUAUAUCAGCUGAAUUUGGAGGAAAACCAUAAGAUAAUUGUUGAGACUCGAAACAAAGACUUGAGCUGGCCAGAAGAGUUGAUGUCACUGGUCAACAACAAGGGCAAAGAAAAGAAACUGUUUGCUUCGGGAGGCAAUACUGUGAAGGGAGCCACUGGUCUCAGCAACUUGGGAAAUACAUGUUUCAUGAACUCGGCGCUACAGUGCAUGAGUAACACACGGCCACUGACCAACUAUUUUUUGGAAGACUAUCAUCUUCAUGAUCUAAAUAAGACCAAUCCGUUGGGAAUGAAUGGCCAUAUAGCAAAGCGGUAUGGAGACUUGGUUCAGGAUUUGUGGCAUGGAGAAUCGUGGAAUAUUGCACCUCUCAAGAUGCGGUGGACUAUUGGCAAAUAUUCACCCAGAUUUAAUGGAUUUCAGCAACAUGAUUCACAGGAACUUUUGGCAUUUUUGCUAGAUGGACUCCAUGAGGAUCUAAACAGAGUUCAUGAGAAGCCUUAUGUUGAACUGAAAGAUAGCAAUGGUAGACCUGAUGAAGAGGUUGCAGCCGAGGCUUGGGACAAUCACUUGAAGCGAAACAAGUCUGUUGUGGUUGAUCUUUUUCAAGGACAGCUUCGAUCUCAAGUUGUUUGUCAAGUGUGUCGACAUGAAAGUGUAAGGUUUGACCCUUUUACAUUUCUUUCUCUUCCUCUCCCAAUGGAAAACCUAAUGUACCUUGAGGUCAUUGUCAUUUGUCUAGAUGGUAAUGUUCCAGUAAAGUAUGGGUUGAAGCUUAAAACAGGCGACAAAUACAGACAGUUGAAAGAAGCUUUAUCACAUUUGUCUGGCCUUGAUGUUGCUCAGCUUUAUCUUGUAGAACUGUUUAUGGGAACUGUAAGGAGCUUUCCUAAUGACUCUCAGAAAGUGAAACUACUUGGAGGAUAUCUAUAUGCCUUUGAGAUUCCAGUGUAUGAUGGGAGAGGUUCAUCUUCAUCUGAAUCAGAUAUGCAUUACAAUAAAGAAUCAGAGACCAAGGAACUUGUAGAUACAGUAAUUGAUGAUGCAAUAUUUGAGGAGCACCAGGAGGAAACAGAUGCAGAGUCUGAAGUGAAUAGUCAAGGAGACAGAAAAGAACAGCCAAAUGGUCAAGGAGAUGAAGAGGUCGAGUCAAAUGGCGACGAGAGGCGUCCAAGGACUUUGUCAUGUUUGAGUGAGAAGCAGCAGGUGACAAAACAUCCUUUGACACCCAUUCGACCUUCUGGUGCAACUGUAACUAUUGAACGACAGCCACAACCUGUAGCAAGUACCAGCAAUGGUCAGGGAGUACCCCCAUCAGUUUAUGAGAGAUUUGUUAUUGCGAUACACAGAAAAAUGAUUCACACAGACGUUUAUCUACUGGCACACCAGAAGAGCAGACCUAGUUUGUUUGGCACUCCAGUUAUAGUUCCAUGCAUGGCUACAACUAGAAAUAGAGAUCUGUACUACAAUGUGAUGAAGCAAGUCUCUCGUUUGCUUAGCCAAGAAGAGCCAAGUAGUAGCAGUGUAUCAAGAGACAAAGAUGAAUAUCCAUUUGUACUACGAACAAUACAGAAAGAUGGUCUUGCUUGUUCAAAAUGUCAUUGGUACAGGAUGUGUCGUGGCUGUACAAUUGAAUGUAAUGAUGAUGUACAAAACCUUUCAUCUGGAUACAUCGCAAUUGAUUGGGAUCUUAAGGAGAUGCAUUUACGGUACCAGUCAUCACACGAAAGGGCAGUCAAGGAUCAUUCGAGCAUUGAACAAAAUCGGAGACAGGAAAUUGAGCCAAUUAAUCUGGAUCAGUGUUUCGAGGCAUUCACGAAAGAAGAGGAACUCGGAGAGGAAGAGUCUUGGUAUUGCUCUAAAUGCCAGAAACACCAGACAGCGACUAAGAAGAUGAAUAUCUGGAAGCUUCCGCCAAUACUGAUAAUUCACUUGAAACGAUUCCAAUUUGUAAAUAAUCGUUGGGCUAAAUCUCUCAAAGUCGUUCAAUUUCCUAUGCACAACUUUGACCCAUCGAAGUAUGUGUGUGUCUCAGCAACAUCAGCUAUUACAACUCAAGCAAACUCGACUGCCUUAGAGUCAUCAGUUGGUGUUCAGUCACCUUCACUCCAGCGUCAAUUAACUCCAUCCCAUGCUAGUCCAAGUGAAGAAUGUACAUCACCAUUCCAAAAGGAAGUAGGACAAGUCGACACAAAAUCAACAUCACAUCUUGAAGGCAAAGAAGGAAGCAUCACUGUGUGUCAAUCACCACUUGAGCAGGAACGUGAGGUGACUCGUGUUGGUGAUAAAAAAGAGUCUGGGUCAACUUCUUACAAUGGACGAGAAGCCAUGGAUAGAGGGGAUAAUUUAGAGUUGAAAAAUUGGGUGGUAGUAGAGGUUAACAAGAACUCUGAACGUGAUGGAAGCUGUUAUCAAGUUCCGGGUAGGGCAUGCCGAGUUGAAUCACACCCUGAACAAGAUCAGAGGCUAAAUUCAAAUUGUGAGGCUGCAAGGAAAGGACACGAGGACCUUCGUUGUUAUCGAGAACAGUCAGCUGAGGCAAGGACAGGGCACCAGUUUGAACUUUAUGCAAUAUCGAGUCACACUGGCAUUCUUGGUGGUGGUCACUAUGUCACGUUUGCUAAGAAUCCAAAUGGCAAAUGGUACAUGUACAAUGACAGCAGCUGCAAGGAAACGUCAGAAGAGAAAGUAGCCAGUGAAUCACCUUACUUGCUGUUCUAUCAACGAGAAAACUUUAAAUUUAAAUACAAACCAGAUUCAAAAAGGAUUAUUGAUGUAACCAACGAUGACGAGGACUAUAAUACAGAUGCAAGACGGUUGUGUGUAAUACAGUAGUAUGUAGUAGUGUCGCUUGAGUCAGAAUCUUGCUUUCUUAGGCUGCAUUGCUUUAGCUAUUUCUCUUCUUAGUAGUAACAUAGUGUAUAGAGCGCCUUUAAGUUGUGACGUUUAGCGGUAAGUCUAAUACAUUUGUUGCUGAACUGGA